CAUGGCCUCGGUGUGUGUGACUGUGGACCCCGGUCUGUCCGUGGGUCAGAUGGGUGGAGAAAUUAAGGACUAUCCCCUUUGAGGCUCCAGGUGCGCAUAUGUGGUGUGGGGGCGUGGGGCACUAGGGUCAAGGACGUGUCUCAUGUUUUCAGAGGAGAGGCUGGGGUCUCUCCUGUCAUCUGUUACUAAAAACAGCACUGGCUUCUGACCCUGCCCGUAAGGGUUGAAGCCCUCCCCUCUGUACCAGCCAAUGGUGGAGCCUGGCCUUGAGCCCCCCACCCCCAGGAAGGGCAGAUGGCCAGGAAGCUGGGCUUGGCCCGGCAGCCUGUCGCCUCACCCCGUGGCUCUGGCGCCUGCACUGUGACCCCUGCCCCGGCUAGUGAUGAAACCUGGCCUCAGCUGCGAUGCUGUGCUGCCUGGGGCUGCUGGGGGAUGCCGCUGCGUCUCCCCGGGGCUGAGUGUGCAGCGCGGCCCCGUGCAACCCCCAGGACAGAGGCCGGUCCUCCUGCUCACCUGGCCCACCUCUCCACCUGCUCCUCAUCCCAGAUGCUCCCAACUGGUCUGGCCCCUGACGGGCCCUGUCUCCCUUUACCCCUCUGACUGAGGCCGUUAGAGCGAAGAUGUUUGGCGCAGGGGGCGGCCUGCACUUCCCAGACCCCACUCCCCCGACUUCUGUGGUUUCAAGUGUGCCUUGGCAAACAGGUCAGGGCCGGGAGGAGUGUUCGUUCCUUGGCAGCAUCGCCCACAGGCCCUUAGGCUGGAGCUGACCCUGCCUGGGUGGUCCCCAAGUGAGUCAGGGAGGCCGCUGGCCAGAGGCCUGCCUUUCAAUCAGGGCUGUGGUUCCCUGGACUACAUGCACCCAGAGACGGCUCAGAGUUUGUGGGAGUGAGGUUGCCAGGUCAGGCCACGUGCCUCGUCUCUCCUUCGGUGACAUGCUGGAGAACCAGCUCUCAAGAAAAAAGGCCCAGGUUUGUAGAGUCAGCCGAUGUCUAGGGUUGAAAUACUCCCACCACUGCUGGAUUCCCAGCGCCAGGGUGGGCCCAGUCUAGCACACUCCCCUGUGCCCUCCUGUGCUUGAGGGGAGACAGGAGAGCCAAAUGGUGAGAACACAGGCCCCCGAGUCAGGCAGCUCAGGCUGGAACCCUAGCUCUAGCCUAGCUCUAACCCUAGCCCUGGCCUCCGACCAGGGGAGCUUGAGCAGUGCCCCAGUCUCUUCCUGCAGCUCCUAGAAAGCGAAGAUGACCGUGUGGGCGCUGUGCUAAGAGGGAGCAGGGUCUGGGCAGCCAGGCCUCGGGGGAUUAGUGGCAAAGGAGGCAGCGGGGGUCCCUGAAUGCAGAGCAGAGCCCAGCACAGGGCUGGCAGGAGCUGCUUGGAGGACAGGUGCGUCGGACGUGGGUCAGUACAUCUGGCAUAAAAGAGGUGGCGUCCAGUGUUAGCAACUAACGAAUACUUCCAGCUCCUAUAGGCAGAAGUUCCAAAAGAAAUUCUGAUAUUCAGAAAAUCACCCGCACGCUGGGGGCUUGUGCCGACAUAAACUCGUGCGUCUGGCUGCCCAGUGUUUCCUCCUGGGAUCUGCGCCCUGUGAGAGGGGAGCCUGAAGCAGUAGGAAUUACACUGGGCACCCCCAGGGUGGCCUGUAAGUGACGGCCAGCCUCCCAGCGGAUGAGGACAUCGAGAAAGGGUGGGGAAUAGGAGGUCACUUCACUCCUGCUCAUCGACCUGUUCAACUUCUGGGUCAAAGGGGGAAAUUCUUUUUCUGAGGUCAACCGGGUGAUGCCCUGUCAGGGAAAGUGUUUCCCAGGUGGCCCGUCUGCCCCACCCCCAGACACACCUCUGCUAAGGGUGACAUAACACUGUUCCCUGUCACUCUGUUCCCGCUUAUCUCCCGUCUUGUCGGCGCCACCACCUUCUUGGAAAUGAGUUAGGACAAAAGGGGCGGGGGGGGCUUACCACCCCCGCCUCCUCCAGAAGCACCCAUAAAAGCCACUGAAACGGGGGACCAGACACCACAGCCGGUCCUGAACCUAACAGCAGGACAGCCGAACAGCCAGACAAGACGGCAUGAUGGUACUGAGCCCGCGGAUCCAGGCUGCCGGCCUCCUGUUCCUCCUCCUGGCCAGUCUGGCCAGUGGCUCGGUUCUUCCGCACCAGACAAGACAGCUUACAGCCCUGCAAGCCCAGGACACAGCCGAAGCCGAGCCUGGCUUGACGCCCACGCUCCUGAGGCUGAGACGAGACUCCCACUUCCCCAUCUGCCUGUUCUGCUGCAACUGCUGUAAGCCAUCAAAGUGUGGGUUUUGCUGCAAGACAUAGAGCCUCCCCGGCCUGCCCCCCUAUCCUCCCCGACCCUCGUAUUUAUCUGCCUUGCCCUCCAACCCUCUGUGACCAGACUUGGAAUAAAAUGGUUCUGUCUGU